AUGAAGGUAUUCCUGCUUUUCCUAGUCACCGCUGCUGUUCUGUACUCCGCUACUGCAACUGAAGAAGCUGAAAACCCACACCACCGACACCACCCACAUCCACACCCACACCCACACCCACAUCCACACCCACACCGCGGAAACCCACGUGCUGCUGCUAAGAGGGCUGCUGCUAAAAAGGCUGCUGCUCUUAAAAAGAAACGUGCUGCUGCUAAGAGGGCUGCUGCUAAGAGGGCUGCUGCUAAAAAAGCUGCUGCUCUUAAAAGGAAACGUGCUGCUGCUAAGAAGGCUGCUGCUAAAAGGGCUGCUGCUAAGAGGGCUGCUGCUCUUAAAAGGAAACGUGCUGCUGCUAAAAGGGCUGCUGCUCUUAAAAGGAAACGUGCUGCUGCUAAAAGGGCUGCUGCUAAGAGGGCUGCUGCUAAGAGGACUGCUGCUAAGAGAGCUGCUGCUAAGAGGGCUGCUGCCGCUAGGGCCCGCCGUCACCACCCACACCCACACCCACACCCACACCCACACCCACACCCACACCACCACCACGGACACCGAGGACACCCCGGACAGUAA